AAGACCUGGAUGAAAUAUUUCUGUCCUUGUCUGGAUUUUUUAAUGGUAGGGGUGCAAGGUGGGAGGAGAGGCGUGAAGCAGGCUGUGUUGGAGUGGGCAAGCUGGCCUGGACUUUUUGUCCUGGAAGUAAUCAACUCUUUGGGAGAAGUGGCCCCAGAUGAGUCAGGCUGAAGGGCAGAGGAGGUGUGGUGGGAAUGCUCAGAGCAGGGGAGGCAGAAUGCCCAUUAAAAACUACUUUGCAUUGUGUUGGGGAAAAGAUUUUAAUGUUAUUUUCAGCUGGUUGAGAGGAGAAGGGCUAAAUAGGAGUUGUGUGUGCAUUCCACCCAUCUCAAACUGUGCAUGUGUGGUUGUGUGUGGUUGUGUGUGACAGAAAGGAGCACGCCUAUGCAACCGAGAGUGUAUAAUUGUUCCCUGCCUCCUACUCUGAAUGUGUUGGGGGUGGACCCCCAUGUUCCAGGGUAUGGAUGUUCUUUGCCACUUAACUGAGUGUGUGUGUGGGGGGGGGGAAUGAUUUCAGUUGCAUAGAUGCCGCCCACCCAGUAAGAUGUUGGAAGGCCAUAUAUUACUUUUAAAAGUAAAUAACAAAGCUUUCAGUGGCCUGGGAAUCCAAAAAUUUUGAUUUCAGUCCUGCUCCCACCUUCUUCUCCCUUUUGGGUCUUGCACAGGUUGUGUGUGUUUUCAUGGCAAGUUCCCCCGUUCAGAAAUAAUCAUUGUAGGUUUUGCCUCUUUGCUGGGAAAAUACUGUGGCUGAGUCCUUCCCACAUGCCUAUGUCCAGACCCACCAGCUCCCUGUAUCUCCCAAAUUUCUCAUCCCCAAAUUUGGUACACUCACUCCUUUUAAAUUUCCUUAUGCAAGGAUUUCCGGGGUAAAUAAAGCACCGGCUGUAAAAUGCUUUUUAAAAUAGCCAGAUGACUCCAAAACAUGCACACAUGUUCACACAACCUUCAUGCUUUCUCACAUAGAAAAUGAUGAGUAAGUUAUUUAAAAAUAAAAAGAAUGCAGACUGGACUGACCUGUGAUUGCUGUGUGAUUCUGUACUCGGAAGUCCACUGUGCUAAAUGUGCAUACAUGGGAAUAAGCCCGUUUGGACCCAGCAUGGUGUGUCCUGCCACAAAAACAUGUAUAGGAUUCCACUGCAGAGACCGAGUUAAUGUGAACUAGCACCUUGCAAGCAGGUAACAAAGGAAACAUGUGAAAAAGUGGAUUUGCAUCCCUCUAGUUAUGGGAGGACAGCAAUAAAAACUGCCUACUUCUCCAACACUUAUCAUUCCCUAACACGGUUAUCUUAUCUUAGGAGAGAUAAUGAAGAUAUGCUUGCUGCACCAUUUCUUUGAAAUUUCUGGGGAUUAGCUCUGUAGUUUUGAGUUUUGGUCCAGGUUUGAUCAAACAGGGUAUGUUGAAGAGCAUGUACAGAGUGCCUUUCACUGGCAACACAAGUCAGACCCCAGACAUGAAAAAUAAUGGCUUGCAGGGCAUUGCUUCAUGCAUCUUAUUCUGGAACAACAAAACCCAAAGGAUUUUGGAGAAACAGUCUUCCCACAGCCUUGUGGCCUGGGGAUUCUGGGUGAUGUAGUUGAGGCAUCUGGAUGUAGACCAAGGUGGGAGACUCUGGUCUACACCAAAAUUUGGGGCUUGUGUUUCUGUGGAAGUGAGCUGAGUGCUGGUUUUACUGAGAUGGGUUUACUCUUUUGUAAGAGGAAUUGUUGUGCAUUGACUCACAAUUCUGUUAUGCCUGCUCAGAAGUAAUCCCAUUGACUUCUAUUAUUAUUAUUAUUAUUAUUAUUAUUAUUAUUAUUAUUAUUAUUAGAACAUUUCUAUGCUGCCCCUUGCCGAUGAGAUGUACCCCUGUUUAAGUGGGUGCAGGACUGGGAAAUUUAUGGGACAGGUCUGUCUGUGUGCCCCAGCUGGAAAAUUAAUCCUAUGGAAUUGCGUGGUUAAGUCUGCCUAGGAUUGAGGCUGUUGUUUUAUAACCUGAAAAUUGGGUACAACCUGGGCAAAAACAGAGACUUGAAGCAAUUAGAAGCAGUGAUAUUUUCAAAGUGUUUCUCUUGGCUCGCAUUGCCAUGUUGUCAUUAUACUUGAGUUUUGUUUUGGAAGCUUUCUUCUCUCCCUUGCAAGGAGUACUGAUAAUGUGGUCAUUACUCCCGUUGAUCCUGUUGUUACAUUUUUAUUAGAUAGAUUGCUUUUAGACUAACGUCUAGAGUGCCCCUAACAAGGACAUCUUCCAAACAGCAUCAAAACAUCCAUGUCCAGCUGGUCUAAAAACAUUACGCUUUGUAAUCUUUAUUAUUCUCUCCACAAACCAGUGAUGUAGGCUAGAGUGACAGUGAUACAGAGAGCAGUGUGUUGUAGUGGUUAGUGCAUUGGAUUAGGUCUCAGGAAACCUGGGUUUUAAUCCCUGUGUGGCCAUGAAGCUCACUGGAUGAUCCUGGCCCUGUCAGUAUCUCUAAGCUUAGCCUACUUCACAGGGUUGUUGUGAGAGACCAUGGAAAUGCGGCCACUCAGUGGUGUAAUUUGCACUUGGGUCUGUCUGGCUAAGCCCCACCACUGAACUUGCCACUUCUUACAGGAUGUUGGUUGGUAUACACCUGCUUUCCUUCCUUAACUGGAUGCCCAGUGGGACUAUAAUGUGCUAGGAAUGAUGGGAACUGUAGUCCAUCACAUCUGGAAGGUAUCCAUAUGGGGCAGGUUGGCGUAGCACGUUGCAGGUGAAAUAGAAGAGAGUCAAGGAAGUUCUCUGCCCCAGAGAGAUUGCAGUCAGUUUUUGACACAGGGAGAGGAGGUUGGAUGUGAGUGAAUUUGUCCACCCUGUUCCUCUGUCAGAGGACUUCCAGGAAAUCUUUCAUUUUGACCCACCUUCCUUUUCCCCUCUUCAGCUCUGGCCUAGAGCAACGUGGUCAUGCUGAAGUGCUUUUGUCUAGAAGAGGUCGGGCAUUUUGGGGGAAUAUGAACCAGCAACAGAGAAUGGCUGUGGCGGGAACAGACAAGGAGCUGAGUGACCUCCUGGACUUCAGCAUGAUGUUCCCCUUGCCAGUGGCCAAUGGAAAAAACCGACCCACAACGCUCGCGAGCACACAGUUUGGAGGAUCAGCAGGUCUGGAUGAGAGACCGGCGACUGGAUCCUGGGCAGCAGGAGAGCAAACUAACUCCACUUUUGACCAAGUCAGGCAGGGUUAUGGUGAAGGCUCCCACUACGGCGAGCACAGAGACCUGCCAUCCCAUAACAGCGUAUCUUCGUCACCAUUCCUGGGAUCCGGCAUAGUUGGAAAGGGUACCGAGAGAAGCACCUACCCUUUCGGAAGGGAGCCCGGCCUGUCACCCCUCAACCAGCCUGGCUUUCUGCCCAGCGAAAUGGGGAUCUCGAGUCCCAGCACGCUGUCCCCGACCGGGGUGAAGAGCGGAUCCCAAUACUACCCAUAUGCCAACAACCCGCGUAGGAGAGGAGCAGACAGCAGUAUAGAGGGGCAGCCGAAAAAGGUUAGGAAGGUGCCUCCGGGACUCCCUUCCUCGGUGUAUCCUCCCAGUUCAGGUGAUGAGUACAGCAGGGAACUGGUCGGCUAUGCAUCUUCCAAAGCUCCCAGCACUGUUUACCCUGGAGCCUUCUACAUGCCAGAUGGACUUCACAACUCGGCCGAUUUGUGGAGUCCCUCCAGUGCCAUGAGCCAGUCCAAUUAUGGAGCCAUUUUGGGGGCAUCCUCGCCGCUCCCGCAGUCCAGCAACUUCAGUGGUCUUCACCAGCAUGAACGGAUGAAUUUUCAGAUGCAUUCAGGUGAAGUCAACGGCGGUCCCCCAUCAGUCUCUGGGUUUUCCUCGGCCUCCUCUCAGUACGGUGUGUCCAGCCACACCCCCCCAAUCAGUGGGACAGACAGUGUGAUGGGUAACCGAGGGACUACAGCCGGCAGUUCAGGAGAUGCACUUGGAAAAGCAUUAGCUUCAAUCUAUUCCCCAGAUCACUCUAGCAAUAAUUUCUCUUCAAACCCAUCCACCCCGGUGGGAUCCCCUCAGGGAAUCACAAUGCUAACUCCCAGUAGCCACUUUGACACUCCAAGUAUGUAUAACAUCCGAAGAUUCAGCCCUUAUCCCAUUGUGAAUCUGGGCAGCCCGCAGCUGAUGAUAGAACUGCCUACGGGCCCCAUACCAGGUUCUUCACAGUGGCCCCGCACAGGUGGACAGGGUGCUUUGUCACCUAGCUACGAAGGGACCCUUCAUACCUUGCAAAACAAAAUGGAGGACCACCUGGAUGAAGCCAUCCAUGUGCUGAGGAGCCAUGCGGUGGGCCAGAGCAACCACAGAGAGAUCCAUGACUUGCUGACCUCGGCGUCCGCGCACAGCACUUCUGCCAGCGGCCUCAGCCAGCCCUUCCCCGCUGCCGCGGUCUUGCCGAUCACCAGCCGACACUCCAGCCUGGUUGGGGGAGGUCAUGCUGAGGAUGGCCUCGCCAGCAACACCAGCCUACUCCACAACCAUGUCACACUUCCAGCCCAGACUAGCUCACUCCCGGACCUCAACCGAGGCCAGUCUUCAGACGCCUUUAGUGGCUUGACCGGAGGGCUGGGCAGGGGGAGUGUCUCAUCCGGCACCAGCGAGAUCAAACGGGAGGACAAGGAAGACGAUGAAAACACCUCUGUGGCCGACAAUUCGGAGGAGGAGAAAAAGGAGCUCAAGUCGUCUCGCAACAGAACAAGGUGCCCAAUAAACAGUCACGAUGAGGAUGAGGAAGACGACCUCCUUCCCCCAGAGCAAAAAGCCGAGCGAGAGAAAGAGAGGCGGGUGGCCAAUAACGCCCGCGAGCGCCUGCGUGUCCGCGACAUCAACGAGGCGUUUAAGGAGCUGGGUCGUAUGUGCCAGUUGCACCUUAACAGCGAAAAGCCUCAGACCAAACUCCUAAUCCUACACCAGGCCGUGUCGGUUAUUCUGAAUCUGGAACAACAAGUUAGAGAACGCAACCUGAACCCCAAGGCGGCCUGCUUGAAGCGGCGCGAAGAGGAGAAGGUGUCUGGCGUGGUGGGUGACCCCCAAAUGGCGCUUUCAGCUGCGCACCCCGGCCUAGGAGAUGGGCACAACCCUGUGGGACACAUGUAAAGAUCAUUUCUUUUCUUCAUGUGGAACCAGACGUCUGUAAGAAGAAGGGGAAAUCUGUUCUCACCCUCACACCCCCCUGCUGUGUGUCUGCACCUGAAGCUGUAGUCCUGUUUAAAUACCGACACACGGCUGUGGAAGUUCAGUGUGCUCCAAGGAACUUCUUUUUUUCUUGAACAGAAAGAAAAAGCAACAACUUUAUCAAAAGCAAACAAAAAAAUUGCCUUAAGUCUAUAUUCUGGAAUUGUCAAUGCAUAUCCUUGAGUUACCCAGAGAGAAGUAGGGGCAAGGUGUUACAACUGGCUUGCAUUCACAAAUGGCCAGCAGAAGAAAUUGUGCCUACGCAUUUUUCUUUAAAAAAGCAAAAAGAACAUUAGUUAUGAUGAUUUUUUUAAAUGUAGAACAAACAUAGUGAUGCCUUUGAGUUUUUUUAAAGCUUCUUUUGCAUCUAUGUUUUGUAAGCAACAAGAAAAAAAUUGUGUAAAAGAGAGAGAGACUUGGUUCCCCCGUGUUUUUUUUUUUUUCUGCUGCUGUUUCUAUAGUUUAAGUUGGAUAUUUUUUAUUUGAGAUCAACCAGAAAAAAUAAAAGUUAAGAGACUGGAUGUUUAGUAAAAUCAAACAAAAAAGAGGGGUGGGUGAGUGUUUGUGUUUGGGAUCUGAGAAAGCCACAAGCACCAAUUUAGCUAGGCAGGCUAAUAAAACUUUUUAUAAAAUUAGUACCUUCCAGGAUAAAGCAGGAUGUGCCGAUUUCAUCUCUCUCACUUUUGGCUACUUUGAAUAUUGGAGACCUGGAAGGAGAAGUUAAGUCCAGCAGCAGAUAGUUCUUCUGUCUAUCAUCUCAAAGGACAUGACCAAUAGCGAUGCUUAAAAAUCUGAUAUUUUGUCCUGCCCUGCUCCCAUCUCCACCCCAGAAAUAUUUGUAGUCCCAUUUUAAUGGGAGGUGAAUGAACUACAAUAAAGAAUUUCUUUUUUGCGGGGGGCAUCCCAACCGAAGAUGAUGGUGUGUCUGAAAUAAGACACGUCAAGUUGCGGGAAAACAUAGACUUAAAGAACAAGGUGGAAGAAGCUGGGAGUACAUUCAAAAAGGGGGAAUGCCGUUUUUCAAAAGUGUCUGAGCAAACAAAUGUGGGAAAAGGGUGUGGAACAAGACAACCAACUCUCCCAUAUUUGAGACAGAACAAAGACCCCUUGGGGGAGAAGAACAAAAGCACCAGGAGGGUGUGUCCGGCAAGGAGGCCCCAAUCCUUGAGAGGAGGUUAUUGCGGUUCCCGCACAUCCCAAAGACAACGGGCACGUGAGCUCUCACCGCACUGUGAGACUCCCGGUCCGUUUGAAAAACGCUCUUCCGCAGCAUGCGGGUCAAGCCGUCCCAUCCCAGGCGGACUUCGAAGGGGGCUUUUCCCAUCUUGUUGUAAACAGGAAAACGCCUGGUCUUGGUGUCCCCUCCAUUUCCGGAUACAUCAUUGUAGGGUUGUACCCAUACUGGUGUGGAUGGGGACAGGGAGGCGACUGGGGGUCCCGAAUCCAGUGGCCCAAAGGGGUUGACUCACACGGUCUCUUGCUUUCCCAUGUGGCUGCCUUGGCCAACUUUGGCCUCCCGGUUCCAGAGGGACAGGGCUUGUUUGUGGGAUGUUGCCGCUUCGAACUGUGAGGGGGCGAACAUGGUGGAGAAUACCAAGCCUUCUGCUGUGGUUCCUUUCCAACCUACACUGCCUGAAAUGCCAGAAGAGAAACCUCUCCGGAAGGGUUCUCCUUUGGGGGGACGUUGCUUGUGGAUGCUAUGAAAGCCGUCCCUCAUCACAGCCAUGAGAAGAAGAGGGCUGCUCUUGAAUUAGCCAAGAGGGACCUCCCACAGACGGCCGAAUUGCGCCAGUAGUCACAUCCGUCAUUGCUUUGUCCCAGUUGCGGCGUUCGCAUUUUCUGACGGUGCAGUGUUUCUCCUGAUGCUGCCUUGGGGGAGGUUUUCGAAGGAAGGAGCAGAGGAAACCCACUGCCAGCACUACAAGGUCCCCAAAGAAUGCUGCCUGCCUUAUUCCAUCCCUUUUUCUAUACAGAUGAUUGCAGAAACCACAACAUUCUCAACUUGGGUUGAAAAGAGCUUUGCAUAUCUGGAGUGGGCGAACUGUUGAAUAUCUCUGUAAAGAAACCAUCUAACCAAUUCCUACAAGUGCCAGAUCCUCCCAGAUGGCUUCCAAAUCUAACCGCUCCAAACAGACUCCCCCCCCCCACACCCACACCCCUUUUUAAAGUUGUUCAUUUCUUGGUUUUGUUUCAGUUUGUGAAAGUAUUUCUGUUCUGUCGAAGGCGAACUUGCCUUUCUAUGGAUGUGUCUCCACUACAAACUCUAAACUAGUUUCAGAGCAGUUUAUCUAAAGGAGUCCUGCAGCUGCGUUAAUUCCCUUGAGGCUCCGCUUCCCUCGAAGUGAACCCCUCUUCCUAGCCAUUAUAGCUAAUUGGGUUUGAAACCAGUUUUAAGUUUGUAAUAUAGAUAACAUCCCAAAGGGAUAAUUUAUUUUUGUUGGGGAUGGGGAGGGGAAUCAAGGUAUUUUUGAGACAAGAAGGGACAACCAGCAAAACAACAAAAAAAGUCUUAGGAGAAACAGCAUCAAGGGAAAACUUAAUUUUUUUGUUUGUUUGUUUGUUGAAAAAAGUAUCCGGGUUCAAGCAAUGCAGAGAACAAAAUGUAACUUGAUUCCCAUUAAGAUAUAUUUUUUUAGGAGGGGUGGUGGGCUGUGUAUUUUUCAGCCCUUUUAGACUAUUUGGUGGGUUCCUUUUGUUAUUGGGGCUUUUUUAUAUGAGAAACAUAAAAAUGGGUCCUUGCUUUUUGUGGGGAGACCCCAGUCCAGUUACAGUUGGCCAUGGGUUGAAUCCUAUGGAAACAAAGUUUUUUAGGGGGUUCAAGUCAUAUUUAACUGCACUUGGAUUGGGGCCUCGGUGUUUUGCUGCCUACCAUGUAAAUCCAGCUGUACGUAACAGGUUGAGAUAACUUGUUAUUAAAUCAGAUACACAUUAUAGUUUUUAAAGAUAUAUAUAUAGUAUAAAUAUAUAUAUAAAUAUAUGCCUAACCCCAAUAAAAAUGGAAAAAAGGAAAAAGGUAUUUGGGGGAGGGGAGGGACAAGAUGGGGGGGAAAGAUUUUUGGGACUAAAUCACAAUUUCUGGGAUGGGGAAGCACGGGGCUAACAGUUGUGUUUCCGAGUGCCUCAAGAUACGGAUUGUGUUCAUUUUUUUAAAAAAAAUAAUUUUAUACAAGUGUCAAGAAAAAAUACCGCUGGCUGGAUUAUUUGGAAUUUUUAAAUAAUCCUUAACUUUUUUAAAAGUAGAAUUUUGAGAACUGUCCUGUAUAUAACAGUAAGGUAGCAAUAAAUGUGACAUUUUAUAACAAUAUUACCUUUUUUUCUCUCCCUUCCCGUAUCUGUCUUUCAGAUGUUGUAUACCUAUCGAUGGAAAAGUUGUAAUAAAGGGUUUACCUUGUACUAAA